ACAGACCUCUCAACAAGGUGUCUGCCAGUGGCACGCAACGAGUCUGCCCCGAAGAUACCCGCCCUGCCCCGGGUCCCCUUACCGAGCUUCUCCCCCCCCCCCGGUGAUACCAUCCCGCUCUUCUCCACCAUGGCGACCAGUGCCAAGCGAAAGCAGGAGGAGACUCAUCUGAAGAUUCUCCGGGAAAUGACUAGCUCACCCGCGAAUAGGAAAUGCUUUGACUGCGACCAGCGCGGCCCGACCUAUGUCAACAUGACAGUGGGCUCCUUCGUCUGUACCACCUGCUCCGGCAUCUUACGAGGACUGAAUCCCCCGCACAGAGUGAAGUCCAUCUCUAUGACCACAUUCACACAUCAGGAAAUCGAGUUCUUACAGAAACACAGCAAUGAGGUCUGUAAACACAUCUGGCUGGGCCUCUAUGACGACAGGACAUCAGUUGUUCCAGAUUUCCGAGAACCACAGAAAGUAAAAGAGUUCCUUCAAGAAAAAUAUGAAAAGAAAAGAUGGUAUGUUCCUCCAGACCAGGCAAGGGUAAAUGUUCAGGCCUCUGUGUCUGGCUCCUCAGCCAGCAGCACUGGUAGUACCCCUGAAGUCCAACCCCUCAAGACCCUGCAGCUUAACAAGACCCCACUGCGCCAGUCUCCAGGGCUUGGUCGUUCCCAAGCUCACUCAGCUGCUCUGGAGAAGAAGUUUGACUUGCUCUCUGACCUGGGAGGAGACAUCUUUGCUGCUCUGCCCACUCAAACCUCCAGCUCUACCAACUUUGCCAAUUUUGCACAUUUUCCAAGCCAGUCGGCAGCAGCACCUCAGGGUAAUUCAGAUACCAACUUUGCCAAUUUUGAGGCAUUUGGAAACACCACAAUUCCAUCCCAUCUGAGCACGUCACCCCCCUCAAAGUCUUUUUCAUCAGGUGGAGGUGUGCCAAUUCCAUCAAUGUCUAGUGCCGUCCCAAACCAAACCCACAAAGGAAGCUGCGAUCGCUAUGCUGCUCUGGCUGAGCUUGAUAAUGAACUCAGCUCGACUGUCUCUUCAAGUGGCAAUGUACAAGGGAACAUAUUUGGACCAGUACUUGGUUCAUCGCCGGCCCAGAAUCCUCCUGUGUUACCCAGCAUUCAGCCUGGUUUUGGAGCUGUCCCAUCAACAAACCCCUUCGUUGCUGCAGCUGUUGCCCCGGAAAUGGCUACCAACCCUUUCCAGACCAAUGGCAGAGCUCCAGCUGCAGCUUCGUUUGGUACUGGCUCUAUGAGCAUGCCCGCUGGCUUUGGGAAUGCAUCUUCCUACUGUCUCCCGACCAGUUUCAGCGGAAACUUCCAGCAGCAAUUCCCCGGCCAGGCCCCCAUCCCUUACUCUCAACCUGCGGCCUACAACCCUCAGUCCAAUGGCCCUGCAUUUCCAGUCUACGUCCAGAACAAGCCCUCCAUGACGCCCUUUGGGCCACCCAUGGCUGGCCCUGGCAUGUCCAAUAACCCCUUCAUGGCGGGAGCCCCAGCAGGGUCAUUCCCUUCGGGGGGUACUUCCACCAACCCAUUCCUGUAGCACAGCUCCCAGUCAUCGCCACAAGAGGGCAGCAUGCAGCACAUAUUCAACACACCCAUCAUGCAAUUAGAGGCAGAACAUUUUUUUUAAGAAGACUUGUGAUUUUUUUUGUUUUGUUUUUCAUAAAAAGAGUUUACAACACUAUGAAGGAGUACAAAGGACGUCAUGGACAAAUAAGGGACUGUUAUGGGGGCUAAUUUACUAUUUGGACUAUAUACAAUGUAUGCUUUUUACUUUUUGUUUAUGACUGUAAGCUCUGUGCAUAUCAUAAUUUGUAAUCACAAUUAAGUAUAUGUUAUGUAUAACAAGGACUGAGUUAACAAGGGUGAGUAUACACACACCUUGUGGGGAAUAACCCACUGCAAAGUAUCCAUAUAAGUAAGGGUACAAACUUUAUGAAUUUUAACAGGGUUCCAUCCAAAUCCAUGAUCUAUGGUGUGAAGCAGCCAUGAUGAUGCAGGUAUUUCAUUUUUAAAAGGGAUUACUUUUUUGUUACUUCAGCACAAUUGCUUCCUUACUGGCUCUAAGGUGAGAUACGUCCAAUACUAAUAUAUCUCAUCCAGAUACUGGUUGCCUAUAUUCAGCAGACCUAACAUUUCCUUUUUUCUAAUAAGAGUAACAGACAGAUUGAUGGGAAACAGGCACUUGAACUAUUAGUCAUUCUCAUAGAUAUUGCAAAUAUCCAGGAGUGCAAGCUGAAUGUGGGUUUUGAAUCCAGGCCAGCUCUUCGACUAUGAAUCCAGCAGUGAAGUCAGAUGUUUCAGCUCACAAGGUAAACGUAAAGACAUGUCUUUAAGAGCACAACUGGAGGAAAGGGACAACAAUGGCAGGCUUUAAGAGAAUUGUUUUUACAUUCUCUUUACCCACUUUACCUAAAAAAAAAACAUUGCAAUUGUUAGAUCAACUGUCUGUAACCUGUUUCCUUCUGGUCAGAGAGUUCAUAUUUAACAAUAUUCUCUGAAAAUGUAAUGGAAAAAAGAAAAGACUAAUAAGGAGGGCAAGGGCUGUGACUCAGAUUGAGUUUCAAUAACGUGAGGUAUUUCUUCACAUGGUUGUUGCUGUUCUCUUCACAGGGAAUGCCAGGUGGUGUACCUGUCCAAGCAAAAAUAUACUACUUGUGAAAACAAUAUUUAAGAAAUGUUGGUUAUCUUGUAUUCACCACACUCCAUUGGUAUCUGUUUUCUUCCCUGCCUUCUGAUUACAAAACAUUUGGAGUGAAGAAUUUAGAUAUGGAGUAGUAAUGAUGUUCCUUCAGUUUACUUUAAAAGAAGACCAGCUUAAAUAACAGGUUAAUAAUUUGGGGAAUAUAACUUUAAUAGACUCGUAAGAACUAGGGUCUACAAUGUGCCACCAAUGACUAACAGUUUAUUGUCUUUACAAGAAUAGGUAAGUAAAUGUGUACAUAUAUAAAUACAUGUAUAAAUAAAUUAAAAGAUUUUUAACUACA